UUUCGCCGCGGUGAGGCGAAGCUGAUGCGGGGGACGGCGAAUCGACAGCUUUCCGGCCGCCGCUGCCGCUGCCGCUGCCUUUCUUUUUCCUCCUCUCCCUCUCCCUCUCCCUCUCCCUCAUGGACUCAGGCGAUACGGUCCGCCGCCGACCUGGGCCGCCCCCGCCGGGCCCUGGCUUUGUACGCCGACAUGCCGCGCUCCGGCUACUGCCCCGACCCCUUCGCCGCCGCCGUCGCCCUCAAGGCUUGCGGGCGAAUCGCCUCCAAACUCAUUGCCGCCUCCAUCCACUGCCAACUACACAAGCUCGGCUUCCACUCCCACGUCUACCCUCAGACCGCUCUCGCCGACUUCUACUCUAAGUUCGAAGGAAUGGAAGCCGCGCGGAAGCUGUUCGAUGAAAUUCCGGUGAAAAAUGUCGUCUCGUGGAACUCGAUCCUUUCGAUGUAUUUGAGAGCAGGGGAACUAGAGCUCGCUCGGAGAACGUUCCACGAAAUGCCUGUUAGAGAUGUUGUGUCAUGGAACUCGAUCAUAUCAGGAUACGCCAAAGCUGGGGACAUGGACACUGCUGCAGAAUUGUUCGACCGAAUGCCCGAGAGGAAUUCUGCAUCUUGGAAUGGGAUGAUCAGUGGAUACAUUAACCGAGGAGAUAUGGGGAUGGCACGGGAGUUCUUCGAUGAAAUGCCUAUUAGGAACAAUGUUUCAUGGAUUGCAAUGAUAUCUGGAUACACAAAGUGUGGUGACGUUGUAUCUGCAAGGAAUAUAUUUAAUCAGAUCGAAAAGAAGGAUCUUUACAUAUGGAAUGCGAUGAUUGCUUGCUAUGCGCAGAACGGAUGCCCCACAGAGGCCAUUCAGUCAUUCAACAGGAUGAGGAAGCUCGAUUCAGGUGUCGAACUGGAUGAGAUGACUUUUUCGAGCGUUAUAUCAUCCUGUUCACAGUUGGGGAACUUGAGGUUUGGAUUGUGGAUUGAGCAGUAUAUGCACCUGCUAGGAAUUGAAUUGGACGAUCACUUGAGAACUGCUUUUAUUGAUUUAUACUCAAAAUGUGGUCGCUUGGAGAAAUCCUUUGAGCUGUUUGCAGAAUUGAGGAAGAGGGAUAUAGUGUCUUAUAGUGCAAUGAUUAUGGGCUGUGGCAUCAACGGGAGAUCUAAUGAUGCGGUUGAAUUGUUUCAGAGGAUGUUAGGUGAAAAAAUUCUGCCUAAUUCAGUGACUUUUAUUGGGCUUCUUUCGGCAUAUAACCAUGCUGGUUUGGUUGAGGAAGGCUACAGGUGUUUUGCUUCCAUGUCCAAAAAAUAUAAAAUUGCACCAAUGGUAGAUCACUAUGCAAUCAUAGUGGACCUUCUUGGUCGUAAGGGUAGGUUGGAUGAAGCAUACCAAUUGAUCAGAAAAAUGCCGAUGCAACCUCAUGUCGGCAUUUGGGGAGCCUUGCUUAUGGCUUCUAGGCUUCAUGGCAACAUAGAACUUGGAGAGAUUGCUGCAAGGAAUUGCUUUAAGAUGGAGCCUAAAGAGAUUGGAUACUAUAUUCUUUUAGCCCGUCUCUAUACUGAAGUUGGGAAAAUCAGCAAGGCUGAGAAAGUGAGGAAGAUGGUAGAAGAAAAAGGAUUAUCUAAGACACCAGGAUGUAGCUGGGUAGAAUGAACUGCAAACCAGGAACAACUGAUUCAGGGGGCUCAUGUGACAGCUACAAAUUACCGUGAUCUCGUUUAAACAUUCUUUAGUCAUAAAAUGCAUAGUUUGUGAAGUUCCUUAUUGCUAACAUUAGCAGUUCUCUGCAAAGGAUUGCUUUUGAGAGCAAAUAAUGAUUUACUUUUGCAUUCCAUGGAGGAAUUGCGAACCGAGCGUGCAUCUUGGGUUGUUAUGACAGUGUUUACAUAGAUAACUGACCCAAAAUCUUUAGCAGGCACGAAGAAUGGUAGCAUACAAGUUUUUUAUGAUCUAAUUUUGUGGUGGUGACCAAUUCUUUUAAACGAUUCCUGCAAACGCCAACACUCAAGCAAUCAGUCUCUUAUGGGUAAGGGAAAUAUCAGGCUGCAUAUUCAAUUGGAAAAGCCAAGUGACAAAAAUCGUUUACCUGUAAUAACUUACUCCAACUUGAAUAAAGAAGCAUGAAUUCUUCUUCUUUAGUUUUGUGCCAAUAUCAGCAAAAAUUCUCGAUAUGAAUUAUGCCAGAUUCAAGUUUGAACUGGUCUUAAGUACCUGCAGCAGAUUCAAUUGGAGAGAGGCCAAAUCAGAUGAAUAAAUUGUUGCCAAAAACCAAUCAAUCGAGGUAGUAGUCUCGCAUAUAUGAAAAAUUCAGACUUUUAACUCCAAGUUGUGGUUGUUUUAUGUUUUGUCUGAAACUAGAAAAUGAUUUAAUAUUAGCAUUGUGAUUCAUAUAAGCUUUGGAGGAUCUGGUUCAGAUGGAUACUUUCGUCAAGGAAGAUAUAGAUCUUACAAGUUUUAGUUUACUUGGAUGGAUAGUUAGGAGGGGGAAGGAGAGGAGAAGGAAAAGCAAUACAGAAAUUAUAUCUAUGCUUCCUCUUCUGAGGGAAUCUUUAUUAUAACUUCAGAUUUUAAGUUGUGAUCUCAUCAACUUAAUGUUAGAUCUUCAAUAUCCAAAUUGCUCAA